CAGACGCAGCCGGACCCGGUCAGACGCUGCAGGAAAUCGGAGGCAGACGCAGACAGAUGCCCGGGACCGUGAUGCUGCUGUCGGUGUGUUUGAGUUUGGGUCUGCUGUGGGCGGCAGGAGCUUCCAGGAGCGGAGCACUGAUCCUCCGGGACGCACUGGAGAGGAGUCCGCUUAGUCUGAACGACAUGUUCCGGGAGGUGGAGGAGUUAAUGGAGGAUACCCAGCACAUUCUGGAGGAGGCUGUGGACCAGAUAACUACUGAGAGCGCUAAAUCUGCUUCACUGGAGCUUCGUCUUAACUUCCAAAAUGAAUCCAAGAAGACGGAAGAGGGUGGAGACGGUGUUCAGGUCCUGGAUCGAACCAUAAAGGAAACUGAUAAUACAACAGGAGAGACUCACCUCUCACAUAUUCACAUGGAGAUCUCAGGCCAGUGGAACAGCGUGGAUCAUGAGUGCAUGGUGGAUGAGGACUGUGGUGACCUCAGAUACUGCCUGUAUGAGAUCCAGAACUCCAAGUGCCUCCCCUGCAUACCGACAGAUAUGCCCUGCACUAAGGAUGAGGAGUGCUGCUCAGAUCAGAUGUGUGUUUGGGGUCAAUGUACCGUCAAUGCCACCAGAGGAACCGAAGGAACCAUCUGUCAGGGUCAGAGCGACUGCAGACCCGACCUCUGCUGUGCCUUCCAGAGAGAGCUGUUGUUCCCGGUGUGUAACCCCAAACCACAGAAGGGGGAGUCCUGUUUGAACCACCCCAACCUGCUGAUGGACAUGCUGGCCUGGGACCAGGAGGGGCCCCGAGACCACUGCCCCUGUGCAGACCACCUCCAGUGUCAACCCCAUGGGCGUGGAUCAGUUUGUGGAGAGUAAUCCAGGGACAUAAGGAACUUAUACCACCACCGUAAACCCGUCCAUCCACCAGAGACCAGCUCCUCUGCACAUCAGCAGUUAUUUGAACACCUCGGUGCUGCAGGACAUGACUUGCACUGUAUUAUUUAUGCCUUAAUAUGUAUGUGUAUUAUAUAUCAGAAACCAAAUAAAAGACUUGUUUUUAGUUUUGACUGAGAACGAAACAAAACACGACUUUGGUAUUAAUGAUAUUUGGUAUUAAUUCAUUAAAAGCAAAACUGUACCAGAACAAAAGUAGUUUUAAACACGGGUCACUUAUAAACAAUAAUGAAGUCCUCAGUGCUGGUUUGUGAUAGUUUUCACAAUGAGUUAAAAUACAUUUAAGUCACAAAUUAGAGAAUGGGUUCAAAAGAAACCAUUUCUACAUCAAAAUACUGUCUGCAAUUUAGAGAACA